UGUCACAAUCCAGGCCUCAUGGAGCUGUGGACUCUACACCUGCUGGGCACCCGGGAGCUUGAUCCAUGCUUGGUUUUCAGCGAACCCUAAUGACCCAUUAAAGCAUUGUCUUAUGCUUUGCUGGAAGUUAGAGUGGUGACAUCACAUGACCUGCACCAUGUUAGGGAAGCUGAAACAGAACCUGCUGCUGACCUGCCUCAUCAUCACCUUCGUCACGGUCUUCUACCUUGGACGCCUCGCCAUGGACUGCCAUCACCGGGGUGAGGGGCAGCGCAGCCAGUCUGGGGGAGUCCUGCCUCUGUCAGCCCUCGGAGGCAGGAUGCGGACCACUCUACGGACAGGACAGAAUGUCAGCACACCUUAUGUUUACAACAAAGACAUGCCACUCAUCUUUAUAGGCGGCGUGCCUCGAAGCGGGACCACUCUAAUGAGAGCCAUGCUGGAUGCUCACCCACACGUGCGAUGUGGUGAAGAAACACGWGUCAUUCCACGUAUUCUGGCCAUGAAGCAGAUGUGGAGUCGUUCAGGGCGGGAGAAGAUGCGUCUGGAUGAGGCGGGUGUGACAGACGAGGUGCUGGAUGCUGCCAUGCAGGCCUUUCUGUUGGAGAUCAUCGUCAAACAUGGAGAACCUGCCAACUUCCUCUGCAAUAAGGACCCGUUUGCACUAAAGUCGCUUUCCUACCUGGCCAAGAUUUUCCCACGUGCCAAAUUUGUGCUGAUGAUUCGUGAUGGGCGAGCUUCGGUUUACUCUAUGAUCUCACGCAAAGUGACAAUUGCAGGUUUUGACCUGGGCAGCUACCGGGACUGCCUGACCAAGUGGAACCGGGCCAUAGAAACCAUGUACACUCAGUGCCUGGAGGCAGCAGACAAGUGCCUACCACUGCACUAUGAACAGCUKGUUCUCCAUCCAGAGAAAUGGAUGAGGACUCUACUGGAGUUCCUCAAUAUUCCUUGGAACGAUGCUGUUCUCCAUCACGAGGAGCUCAUUGGGAAAGCUGGGGGAGUUUCCCUUUCCAG